GGUCGCGAAGCGCCAUGGAGGUUGAGCGCUGCGGGACCCCCGUCCUGCUUCUGCCUCAGCGCCGGGAAGAGGAGCGGAAGCUGCAGCAAGAGAAGCUCUCCGGGGUGGUGAAGAGCGUCCAUCGGCGCCUGCGCAAGAAAUACCGGGAAGUGGGUGACUUUGAUAAAAUAUGGCGUGAACAUUGUGAGGAUGAAGAAACUCUCUGUGAAUAUGCUGAGGCAAUGAAAAACUUGGCAGAUAAUCACUGGACUAAAACUUGUGAAGGAGAAGGUCGCAUUGAAUGGUGCUGCAGUGUAUCCCGGGAAUAUUUUCAAAAUGGUGGGAAACAGAAAGCACUGGAAAAAGAUGAGAAAAGAGCAGCUCUUGCUUCUCAAAGCGUUCAAACUAUCAGCAUUCAUCCAAGUUCAAAAAUGGAAGUUUCUACUGAUAAUUCAAGCCAUAGUUCUGUAACAGAUGAAUCGCUACAUCCUUCAGGAAAGAUAAGAUUACUUGAUGUUGGCAGCUGUUUUAAUCCGUUUUUGAAGUUUGAAGAGUUUUUGACUGUUGGUAUUGAUAUUGUCCCAGCUGUUGAGAGUGUCUACAAAUGUGAUUUUUUAAACCUUCAGAUUCAUCAACCUCUCCAGCUUGCACAGGAUGCUAUUGAUGCUUUUUUGAAACAGUUAAAGAAUCCCAUUGAUUCCCUGCCCGGAGAACUAUUUCAUGUUGUCGUCUUUUCCCUCCUCCUCUCUUAUUUCCCUUCACCCUAUCAGCGAUGGAUAUGUUGUAAAAAGGCCCACGAACUACUUGUAUUAAAUGGAUUGCUCCUUAUUAUCACUCCUGACUCUUCCCAUCAGAAUCGCCAUGCUACGAUGAUGAAAAGCUGGAAAAUUGCUAUUGAAUCUUUAGGGUUUAAACGUUUCAAAUACUCAAAGUUUUCUCAUAUGCAUUUGAUGGCGUUUAGGAAAAUCUCACUCAAAACAACUAGUGACUUAGUGAGCAGGAACUACCCAGGGAUGCUAUACAUUCCCCAGGAUUUUAACACUGUGGAAGAGGAGGAAUUUUCUAAUAAUUCCUGCUAUAUCCGAUCAGAUGUUGAAGAUGAACAACUGGCCUGUAGCUUCAUGGAGCUUCCAGAUGCUCCCUAUGAUUCAGACUCUGGAGAAAGCCAGGCUAGCUCAAUACCCUUCUAUGAACUAGAAGAUCCUAUAUUGCUUCUAAGUUAACAUAACAGUUAAAUCUGCUUCAGCAUCCAAAUUCCCUUUCCCGUAAAACUAAUUUUGCUAAAUUGACAUCUACUCUGCACAUGAAGUAUUUACAAAAAAGAAAUGCUAAAGUUUUUGAAAACUUGCUAUUUUUUUGUACUUAUAAAUUUUAAAAUGUAUUCUUGUAUUGAAAAAUUGACGUGUGUUUUAUGCUGAAUGGCUCAUGCCAUAGCAUGAACAGGGUUUACUUAGUAAUAUUCUAGAAAGUUACCAUUCCCUUCCAGUGCUGUGAACUGUGAUUAUGCAUUCUAUGCUGAUGUGCCCUGGUUUGAUAUUUUUAAUGCUUUUGAUUGAGAUUGGUGACAACAUUUCUCAGAGGUUUGCACAAAAUAGAUGAUAUGCACUGUUAAAUGUCUAAGAAAUAUAUUUAGAAAGCUUUGUUAGUCUUGAACUUGAACAAAGAUUUUGCUUGAUUUAAUGUUGAUCUGGUGAGUGAAAAUAAUUCCAAAAUGAUUUCACUUAAGUUGUAUUUACAACUGGAGCACUUUCACAAAAUACAGAUUCUGUCACUGUUCAAUUCAGUGAAUAAUAUAUAAUAUACAUAAACAGAAACAGGUUUUUUUAAUUACCACACAAUUUGUGUAUUCAUGCCAUUGUUUCAAUUUCACUGCUUUACCAAGUUUUUUAAAUCAAACUAGUAUGUUUACCCUAAACAUAUGUAAACAUUUUAGGGAAUGCGAGAAAAAUAGAAGAUUGUUGUUUAAUUCUCUGUCUAGAUGCCAGGUUAGAUAGCUAAUCUUCAUAUAAAGAUACAAUGUUCAAAAAAAUAAGAUUAAUUUCAUUUGUUCUGUUUAAAAAUAAUAUAUUUUGUUUUAAGAACAACCCCAACAUUUCCAUUCUUAGCUGCCCCAGAAAGUUACAUUCAAAAAUAUCUAAAGAUCAUUUCCUGAUUUAAUAGAUAAAAUAAUUUAUGUUUGCAAAUCUGAAUGAGGAUGUAACCAAUAUAAAUUUGAAAUAAACAAAAGAAAAAAUCUAAAAAACAAAAUAGUUUCAGAAAUAUUCAUAUUAACCAUUCAUUUCAGGAAUACCACUUCGUAGUCUGAAAGGGAGGUGAUUAUUUAUGAAAGCUAUUUUUUUUAAAAAAUGACAAUGCUUUACCACUAUUAUUUUUUUUUGCACAAAAGUUGCACAAAGAUUUGGGUUUUUUUCCGUAUGUGUUGAGUAAUUCAUGGUAUAAACCUUAUAUGUUAAACCUUAUCUAAAUCCAUUCACUGGUGAGACAUGAACUAAAUAAAAGACUGCAAUGUGUAGCUGUUAAUCAGAUUUGCAAAUCAUUUACCCCAGAGAUAAAGCAAAAGCGGAGGUGUGGAUGAACUAUAUAUAUAUAAAAAGCUUGUAGCCAACAUGCUACGUCUAAGCAACUUUUUAAAUGGCCUUUGAAUAAAAGUAUAUGCUAGCCAAACAAAAGUUGCCUACUUCUAAUUUAAGAAUUCUUUUAACUAGAAUUUAAAAGCUUUCUCCUUUUAUAUUGUUGGACUAGUUUAAAAAUACGUUAGCUUUAUCCCUCUUCCCAUAAUAUUGUUUCCAGAAUAUGCAUGAUGUACUGUUUAAUUAGCAAAAAGUUCCCAAAAUUGCAUAGUACGAUACAUUUAUGUUGUAGAUAUAUAUAUGUGGUAAUGUUGUUUUCCAACUCAUUCUGAUGCCUGAUUCAGUUCAGGAUGUAUGUAGAUGAAAUAGGUUCAAGAUUGAAGGGUAGAUAUUGGCCAGUAAUACCUGAUAACUUUGUGAAAAGUAUGGUGUUUUUUUCCUGAAUGUUUGUGGAUACGGUGAUGUUUUAAACUACUAGCUAUGUUUUACUGGAUAUAUUUUCACUGGAUAUACAAAUUUCAAGAUAGCUAUAUAGAUCUGUCAGAUGUUCCAAGAAGGGGUUCUUGGAAACACCAAGGGGUUAAUCUAGGGUUAACAAGGAAGAUACCCUUUUCAAGUGUACCACAAAAUGUCUCAAUUUUUUUCUUUUAUGGUCUCAGAGCACAUCAGGAGAAAUGUGUCAUAUCAACAGUUUUCUGGAUAGUGUUAAUGUAUACUAUUUCAUUCAGUUUGCCUUUAAUGAUCAAGAGAGCAUAACUGGUACUGUUACAUUAUUAAUAAAGAAUUUGAGACUAUAAAAUCAUAUUUUAUAACAAAAACCAUAAUAAUGUUUGGUUACGUUUAUACACAAUCUUGAGAACAACUGGUUAUACAGAUCAGUACUAACAUAAUACCAAAAAGAGAUUUCUCCCAUAUCAACCAAAUAAUACCGUGCUCUGGAAGACACCGAGUCUGUGGAUUGCUUUAUUGAUUGUACUCUGAUUUUUAUUUUUAAACAUGUUUACAAACUCGUGUAAUGUUGGAAUCUAGCCAAUAGUAGCUUAUUCAACAAUUGAGAUUAAACUGACUUCUUAUACCUCUUUGGAAACAUUAUUAACCUUCAGUUCUUUAGGAUUUUCAUAUUUCUGUGUUUAAAAAUAUUAAUACCAAGCAUCAAUUGCAGUUCAUUCAAUCUGGUGUAUUUGUUCUUCAUUAAAAUGUUGAACUCUUAUGUACUUCCAGCAUCUAUGAACAAGUUUGCCUUUUGUCAUUAGACUAGUUUUAUUGCUUUUGUUCAGAUUGUUUUGUUCAAGGAGAGGAAUGACACUGGUCAUGUUUAAGAAAUUUAUAAAGUAGUACAAUGAAAAAAAUGAUUUGUAAAAAGGGUUUGAUGCAGCAGUCUAUUUCUCAUUUUAUCAGUCCUUAGCAAUGGCCAUGUUGGUUCUAUGCAUCUGUCUGAAGCAUGCUCAGGCAUAGAAAUACUGGCUUGAAGGUAUUUACUGUAUGCUAUUCACUUUUCUGAGACUUAAAUCUACUUUUAACUAUUGUCAUAUGCGAUUCUGAUUUUUUCAAGCCAUCCUAAUCUUUAGCUUCAAAAAAACCAAAAAAAUCAAGGACAGAUCAAUGGUGGCAACGAAGCAUAGUUAAACAUUGCAGGUAGAAAAGUUGCUAUUUUAAAUAAAACGGUAGGAGGAGAGGUAGAGAAGGAAAAAUAAGUCAUAGGAAAAAACAAAAAAGUCCAGAGAAAGGAAAAGGAGAGGAAGAUUGGAGAAAUUGAGAGAAGCCCAGCUGCACCUGAGAGGCCUACCCAAGAGACCAGACGCCCAUUGAAGUCAGGUAUGCAGAGAUGCAAACCAAUUGCAGGCAGCAAAGCCAACCAGUGGAGAAUAAAGAGGCGAGCUGGUGAGUGAGUGGGGCCAGGUGCGGAGCAGCUAGGAAAACAAGCUGCGGGGUGGAAAGGCCAUCAGACUGAGGGCAGUGCAAGACCAGCAGAGAACAAAGAGGCGAACAGGCGAGAGAGCAAAACAGGGAGGAGCAGAGGAUGGGAGAGGCACCCCUUGCUAUGGACUAUUGACCCGGUGAGAGAACAGAGCAGGAGGAAGUGAAGAGAAGCAAGCUUGCUGGGGACCAUCCAGGCAGUCCUGUUUGCCCGUUGGAAAGACAAGUAAACGGGCCACACGUGGCUCCAGAGCGGCAGAAAAGAAGGGAGGAGAGAGAGAGCCAGCAGCAGCACAGGGCAAGGAAAGUGAGCUAGAGCCUGAGAGCAGCGCAAAGAGCAAUGGGGGAAAUGACGAUGGAGCUGAGUGAAGCGGAAAGCUGCCUAGCAGGCCGAGAGAACUGACCAGAGCAGGGACGAGGCUGAAAAUGAGGCCGGAGCAGUGGACAACAGAAAGCAACAAAUUAAGCCUGAAGUUACAAUAGGCAGGGAGGGAAGACCCCAGUAGAGAACAAAAAUAAAUACAGGACAGAAAAUAAAAGCUAAAUAAAUAGGCAAAUAAUAAAGACAAGUAGAAAAUUAGAAAUCAAGGAAGAAUAGGAUUAAUAAAGAUCAAUCAAGGCAAAUCUUAAUAAGAUGGGGGGAACUGGAGCUCAAAAACUUUUUAAAAAUAUAGGGAAGAAAGGGGAACAUAAAAUUAACAUAAUAGUAAUAAGCACAAAAAGGCAGAAAAAAAGAUGGGGGGAAAAAAAGCAAGACACAAAGCUUUACUCUUAAAAGAACCAGCAAAAAGGAACAAACUCAUGGAACAGUUGGCUGAUAAUAUUGUGGUAUGCAAUGCAUGUUCCAUGUUUGUGCUUCUGCCCAAGUUAUACAUGUACUAAAUGUAAGCCACACGAACUACUAGAGGAAAAAGUAAGGGAUCUAGAGGCAGCUCUAGCCAAACUCCAACCUACCCAAGAAAUCUAUGCCCAAAUUGAACCAAGUAAUAAAUAACUCCCAGAGGAUUUGACCGUGCUGAUAAACCCUUGGAGGAAGACAAAUUGAGGUAUGUC